AUGAAACAAAUCAGGGAGAUUCUGGGAGAGGAAGAAGGACGUAUCGGUCUUGCACAGCAUGUCGUGCCUCCAAAACAAAAUGCUCGGGUGAGCGACCAUGUCAACGAUGCCGUUGGAAAUGUUCAAACGAAUGUGUUUACGCCGAAUCUACACAGCCCACUUGGGUGCGCAGAGUCAACGUGA